AUGGGUGAAAGUAUUAGCAAAAAAAAAACAAGCCAUAUUUUCCAAAUUGGACGCGAACCACAUAAAACAUUUACAGAAUGGGCGAGAAGUUUAGGCGAUAUUUAUGGUAUAAAUAUGGGUCAACAAUAUUGGAUUAUAUUAACUAGUGAUAAGGUCGUUGGUGAACUUUUACAAAAACGUGGCGGAAAAUAUUCUACUCGUAUAAAAAGUUAUUAUACUUAUGAUUUAUUGACUAGAGGAAAAAGUUAUGUUAGUUGUCCAUAUAAUGAAAGGUUUAAGAUGCUUACUCCUAUUAUGCAUGGAGCUUUGGGUCAACGUACUGUAAGAGAAAACUCUAAAUUACUCGAUGACGAAUUUCGUAUACUUAUGCAAAACCUUUGUAAAGAUUCGACCAACGCGAAAGAUGGUUUUUAUCCUAAAUAUCAUUUCCAACUCGCAAGUUUAAACGUUAUAACCCUCUUAUGUUUAAACAAGCGCACAGAAAGUGUCAAUGACCCAUUUUAUACAAAUUUUGAAACUAUAGUGGAAGAACAUUUGGAAGCCGCUAAAAUAACAAAUAAAUUAUCUGAAUUUUUUCCCAUAUUGAAAUUUGUUCCAAAUCAUAGUUUACGUAAUAAAAUAAUAGAAAGUAGAAUAAAAAUGGAAGCAUUUCUCGGAAAAUUGAUCAAAGAAGUUGAGGAUGAUGAAGAGAAAAAGCCUUGUAUUAUUAGAACUUUACUUAAUAAGAAAGACGAAGGAAUUCUUGAUGAACUAGAUGUUGUUUUUUUAUUGGAUAAUAUAUUUUCAGCUGGAACAGAUACAAUUUCUGCGAGUUUAACAUGGAUCGUGGCUGCUUUAGCUAAUAAUCCAGAAGUUCAAUCUAAAGCACAUCAAGAGCUUGAUCAAGUAAUCGGUCAUUCUCGUUUACCAGAAGUUUCUGAUGAACCAAAUAUUCCUUAUAUACGUGCUAUGAUUAAAGAAGGUCAAAGAUAUUGUGCACCAAUUUAUCUUGGUAUACCGCAUGGCAUUGAAGAAGAUGACGAAUAUAACGGAUAUCAUAUUCCAGCAAACUCCGUUGUGAUUUUAAAUCAGUAUGGAAUUCAUAUGGAUGAAAAAAGAUAUAAAAAUCCUAAAGAGUUUAAACCUGAAAGAUUUUUAGGAGUUACAGAAAGUAGUGCAGCCUUAGCAAAUGGAAAUUAUGAAAAUAGAGAUCAUUUCAGUUUUGGAGCUGGGAGAAGGCUUUGCACUGGAAUUCAUAUGGCUGAGAGAGAACUUUUAUUAGGAGUCUCUUUUCUUUUAUGGUGUUUUAAAAUAGAAAAUGCAUCACCAUUAGGUGAGGAUGGUAAACCGAUACCAAUUGAUUUAGAAAAAAUACGCUUUGGUAUUACUGUUUGGCCCGAAGAUUAUCACGUUAGAUUUGUAAAAAGACAUGAUAAUGUUGAAAAGGUUUUAUUUGGUCUAAGCCAAAUCUAG